AUGGCGGGACGCCACUUCAACUCCCCCGCGUGCCGUGACCCGGCGGUGGGAGGCGCCGAGGGCAUUCCCCCACUUUACGCGGGACGAGCGCAAACGACGACGGGAGAGACGCGGCGCCCAGGCGCGGCGAUGAUGCAACGCACCCGCACAGCCGAACUUGGGCCGCAAAAGGAGGCGGGCCAAACCUCCCGGGAAAACUCCCUUCCCAAAAUCGAAAACAAGAACAUGUGUUCACCCCUCCCCUCUGCGGAAAGAGUGGGCGGCACGCGUCUCCGCGAGGAGGCCGGUUGUCAGCCCCCGUACCCGCGGCGUACAAAGAGGGUGGGUUGUACCUGCUCUUUGGUCCGGCUUUGCGGGUCUCCGGGGAGGUCGCGAUGUGAACCGUGGGGGCGUGUGGCGGGUAUGCUUCACGGGAACUCUAGCGCAGUUCGUGUCGAGGCGAAAGAGGUUCUGCCCCCAAGAUCGCCUUACAGAGUGAGGGAGGGAGAUAGCCCAAAGGUCCUUCCGUACGCGGCGCGGCGCGGUUUUCGCCAGAGAGGAGACCCUGAAGUCUCUUAUUUUUAUUCUGUCGAUUCUUGUCUUGUGGUGUCUUACUUCAUGAUUUUUUUUUUCGUUUGCAUGCUAUUGUUGUAUUUGCCCCUGCUCGAUUGUAUUGGCCGAGCAUGGUGUGCCAUCGCUGGGCGGCGGAGUGCGCAGUCGAGGCCGCUGUUCGCCCCAAGUGUCCAUCGAAUAGAGUUCUCUUGUCGGGGCCGAGAUUCUCUUGUGCACCCCCUGCUUGCUGAGGGCAGGCGUAUUUUACGAUGCUAA